AUGGAAACUAAAGUAAACAAGAUUCUGAAUCAACUAAUCGUCGCAGCAGAUCAGCAAAUACAAGUUCCUAGUAUGUUUGUGCAUGAGGGAGUCGCUCUGCCCGUAGAGUCUGGUGUGGAAUCCAAAUCAAAGCUGAACAUUAAAUCAAGCCUAUCUUUGGCUCCAACAAAACUAUCCGACCGAUGCAUUACACGAAUCAAACGCAAUUACCUCGGAUGGGGAAAAUUUCUCAAGGAACUGAAGCAAAUGAUUAUCGACAAUCAACUUAGUCCCCAAGACCCAGCACCUGGCGAAUGUUCCAAUGACGACUCAAGUGAAGAAAGUGAUUUACAGCUAUCGUGGCCCGUUUCAACGGUAACCAAUUCCAAUGGUGCGGAUUAUAUCCGUCAAUCGAUGCAACUGCAGGAUGUUAAACGACAACGUCUACUUGACUAUGUUAACUCGUUCAACUCAACGGAAUGGUUCAUGAUUGAAAAUGCAACAUGCAGUGUAGAAUCGACCGAACUCAAACUAAUGGUUUCAGAACCGACUGUAACGGUUGAAAGUGAGAAUUCGAUUUCAGGUUUUGUUCAUAGUGAGAUGAAAAACGACACAGGGAAUGUUGAUGAGAUCCAGAUCGGGAAAUUAGUAUUCAAUGCUGAUGACCUAUCGAGCACGCUUGUUGGAGGGCAUACUUUUGAUCAUAUUACACUUGCUCAAAACGGAGAGAUGCCUAUAUCGCAGUAUGUGGAGGUAUUAGAACAACUGAACAAAGAAAACAGAGAAGCGACUGAUAAUCAAAUAGGUUCAAAUGCAAUUGAUAGGGUAUCGAGUAGUAGUAUCAGUUCCAUACUCGAACAUAAGGAUGCAGAUGUCGAGAGUGAGCUUUAUGGUUGUAAUGAAAUAAGGGCAGAUCACUAUCAGGCAACCGUCGUGCCAGAGCUAACGCAACCAGAUGUGGUUACGUCAUCAAUCAUCACUCAGGAGUAUCACAAACAGUUUACUCGUGGUGAGCUCAGCAGUGGUAUUGAGCCUACAGAAGUUUUGCCGAUGUUAGAGCCACGUACUACCAGCUCCGAAGUGGUGAUAACUAAUCAUGUGAUUACCGAAUCAAGAAUUCUAUACUCUGAUAACAACGGAUCGAGUAUGCUUGUCGGAGGACAUACAUUUGAUAAUAUCGCUCUUGCGGAUAAUGGAGAGAUGCCUAUAUCACAGUAUGUCGAAUUAAUAGAACAACAGAAAGAAGGAGUCGGAGAAAAAAUCAACUCACAGACAGGUUCGAAGGCAAGUGAUGAGGUACCAAGUCUUUGUUUCAGCUUAGAAACACCUUCAAGCAUUAUGGUUGACAGCAAUAAUCUACCAGCUCCUACUGAACUAACCACUACUGCUAGUGCGGCAGUUGAGAUGGAACCAUGUCAGCAGAUCUCCGAAAUAUCUUCGCUGACAAAUCUGCAGAAUAGUACACUUCUCAUAGAGAAUCUAAUACUCCCAGAGCCUGUGGUCAACGUUUCUACUGAUAUCUCGCCAAUCGACACCGGCACGAGUCUACGGAGUGGCAGUGGGACACAUAUACAGGCAAACGAUACUACAGUCCAACACAUGGAUGCGGAUGUCGGCAAAAAUGUUCAUGAUUGUAAUGAAAUAAGGAUAAUGUCGCCUCAAGUAUGUCCGGAAACAACUGACGCGAUUGAAGCAACCAGUCCCGAGAUUUCCGGAGUAAGAAAAUGGAAGUCAAUGCCGCAGAGAAGAAAGAUUAGUUUUGAUUCAACAUCGUCGCCUUCCAUACCAGACGUUAAGCCAUCUUCAGAUGAGUUGGUACGAGUUGUUUCCGAUAACGGCACAGAUAAGCCUAGUGAAGCAAGCCCGAAUAUAGCUCCACUUACUACCAGAAGCAAAAUGGUAAUAACCAAGGAGUUGAUCAAUCCGGUAUCGACACCUGCAUCGAAUCUAACCGGUUCGAACAUUUCUGGAAUAAGGAAAAGAAGUUCGGUAUCGCUGCGAAGCUUGUCUCUGAAAAAGGUUCGUUCUGAGCCUACCGUAAAGACGAACGAGCUUAAGCGACAUGAUGAUGUAUUGUCGCCCCCCACUCCGCGCGAAGAGUCCUAUCUCAAAGAAUUCACACGUGUUCACCCUGACAUCUGUACAGAUAAACCGAGCUUGAGUACAGCUCCGCUUACUACCAGCAACAAUGUGGUAGGAGCCAAGGAAUCAAUGAAGACCCCCCGAGGAAGGAAAAGAAAUUCGAUGCCCCGCAGAAGGUCAUCUCAGAGGAAGGUUAGUUUUAAUCCGACAGUGAAGACUCUAAACUCGAGUGAUAACGAAUCAGUCGUCGGAUCGCUUAAGGAAGAGGUUCGUUCAUCUAAACGCGUACAGUUGCCCGUUACACCCCGAUUCACCAGAAAAACGAGCAUAACUUCUCUCGCAGCCUGCAGUAGUGGCGAUGCUUAUGAUAUUUUGCAUAUUAGUGAUGACGGGAAUAGCACCUUUGAGGACAUAUUUACUCAAGGACCUAAAACAUCGAGAGUUGUUCCUAAAAAAUCCCCGGAUGCAACCAAACAGAACAAAACGUUUGCGAAAACGAAGGAUCAAGCUUGCUCUGUCCCGAAUGACAACAAGGAAGUGCUAACUGCGUCACAAGAAACUAUGAGUGACAGUUUAAAAAAUGAAAUUCAAAUGAUCAUGGAACACACCAUCAAAAGUUUUCAGUUGGAAGGUAGUAAAACAAAAAAAGCCAAACGAAAGAAAAGAGAAAAAGGCGCCUACCUGGAAGCAAUUAGACAAACCAUCAAACAAGAACUCCAUAACCACUUCAAACAUUUCGUUGGACGGCGUAGAUAUCGGCCGCCAGCUCCGCAGCCACGGCGAAUUCUCAUCAAAAAGUUCGUUGUUCCAAAACGUAAACCAAUGGAGAGUGUGGCUGUACAGGUUGAUGGUCCAUCGACAGCGGAGAUUGGUGUCAACACCGAAAACCCCAAAAAACCCGCAGCAAAAAAGAAAUCCAGUGGCACGAAAAAACCUAAAAAUGAUCCAAAACCUAUUCGAAAAAGGAAACAAUCUAUGGAAGUACGUCACAUACAGCCAACCUUAUCGCAGUGUUUCGAAAAUCGCCAAAACCCAGUCGGAGCGAGUGAGGAACCGUUGGACAUACCGGAAACGCCCUGUCAGUCUACCAGUGGUAAGGAGCAGGAGCACCACGAACUACAGCCAGUAAAACGAGGAAUUCCGACGAAGUAUGGUUUCGAAGGCGAAAAAACAAGGGAAUUUCCAUUUUUAAAACAAACCAAAGGAUGUUACCGACUUUCUUCCCCAGAUUUCAACACACUGAACACCGGCUCCAUAUCAGCGGAUUCCAUCCACCACCAUUCAGAAUCAUUCUUUUCUUGUGCACCCGAUACGCUUGCGGGCGUAGACGUCGAACAGGAGAACUUGUUCUUUCAAAAGAUAGAUAUGCUACGUCUGAGUACUGAGAGUGAAUCCUCGCUGCACCAAAUAAUUCCUAAUAGUCAAAAGUCAUCGGACGCAUUAUUCCACCAACGCUCAACCGGGAAUCGUAAAAUAAAAUUGCGCCCUUAUCCGACACGUCCGAAAAUUAGACCUUCGUCAGCCCUUUGCAAAGUACGUAAAGUGGUACACCGUGUGGCGUCCGAUAAAUAUCAAUCCCAGCUGCUGGAACCAAUCACCAUAGGACCUUUUAACGAUCCAGAACUGUACCCGGAUGAACUAUUAGAAUUCAUAGGAAAACGAUUUCUUAAAACUUACAAGUGCGGUAUACCAGAUUUAUACGAAAAGGCGUGGCAUAUCAGUACCAGGCAUUUGCAUUUCAAUAUGAUACAUGGAAACUAUGAUAAGAUUGAUCUGUUUGACGAAGAAGAGGAGGAAGAUGAUGAUUAUGAAGACGAAGACGAUUUUACAAAGUAUAGACCACCAUGGCCGUUCUGUAGCAGCGCCAAGAGACCGCACAGUCUUCGACCAUUUUCACCUGAACUCUCUCCAAUAGUUUACCGCGGGAGCGAAGAUGACGAUAGCGGACCGAUAAUACUGGAGUAAUUUGUCAAUAUCAUCUAGCGUUUUUAUUUAUUCAUAAUUUGGCACAUCAGCCCAACUAGUAGAUAUCAAUAAAACUG